UGCUAAGGUGAAGUGUUUUUAUUACUUACGUGAUUUUUUAAAUUAAGUUUGAGAGAAAUGUCUCAUGAAAAUACCUUAGAUUUACAAUAUGUGUACGACAGUUUUCAAAAAAGCUUAAAGGACGAUGAUGAUGUGAUAAUAGAAGCAUAUAUAGAGGGUUAUAACGAACUUGUAAAGUUUUUGAAUCUCAUUGGAACGGUCUUUUCGUUUGUAAGCAGCGAUGUUAGGAGUAAAAUUAAAAUUAUGGAAAAGCACAAAACUGGAGAGGAUUCUUUAUACUAUGAAUCUUUUAAAAAAAUGAUGAAGUACGAAAAGGAAACGAACUUACACGAAAAGAAUGGUUUCACAUCCGGCUCACGAACAAUGCUGCGUUUGCAUAGAGGUUUAGAUUUUAUACGACUCUUCCUUAAACGUCUGAGUGAUGCAGAAGAGUGUGUGAACACAUGCACUACUUGUCAGGGCUCCUACAACGAGACACUUGCAGAAUUCCAUCCCUGGUAUAUUAGAAAAGCAGCCACACUGGCAAUGCAUGCACUGCCUUCUAGAACAGAUUUAUUAAAUAAGAUUUUCGGGUCGGAAGACAAAUUAAAAGAGGCGAUGACAAUUCUGCCUCAAACAUUACAAUCGUGUGACGAAGUUUACAAACGCGUUGAGCAACUCUACACAGACUUCGAUUUUCACGGUUUGCCCUAGAACAGUUGUUCUCGAUAUUCGGUCACACUGGUGGAGCACAUGGUGUUCCUUGAAAGCAUCCAAAUGUUUUACAAGAAUAUAAAAUUAUUUUUACUAUGUAAAAUAUCAAAGAACAGUGUUCCCAGGCUUAAAAUUUUUUAAAAAUGUUGCCAUAGUAAGGACAAUAUUACUGCCAAAAGUAUAAAAUAUCAUAGCUCAACUCGCAUAAAUCUGUUCAUAAUAUAUAAACAUUUUUUUAUUUAGUUAACUAUUAAAAACGGUAUCAAGAUCAACGGUAUCAACUUUAUUGUCCAACCAAUUGAUUAAUUGAUUUUAUUGAUUUUAAUUUGUGUACUAUUUGCACGUUUAAAUUCAUUAUAAUAAGAAUGUAUGGUUUAUUUAAAUCAGGGUUAUAGUGUAUUAAUGUCAAGGUGCUCAGUUCUAAAACAACUCAAACUGAUUUAAAUAAGCCGGCAAAAUUUGAUUCACUGAUUGACAUCCAUAUAAAUGAAAUUGAAAAAAUUAAUAUUUUUUUAAAAUGGUAAAAAGUUAGAAAUUUAAUGAUAUUUCGACCAAAGAUUUCAUGUACUAUCUAUGUUUUGUUUGUUUUAUCUAUUGAAACUAUGAUACAUUUUUUUUAAAAUAAUAGUAUUGUAUUUUGCACAGCUUUUAAAUCGCAAAAUAUUUUUUUAAACAAUCUGUUCCUUAAAUAUGUAUAUCAUUCAGAGAACAUAAAAGUCUGAACAGCGCCAUCUAUCACUCGAACUAUUUUUUUAAUUAAAAUUUUCUCAUCAUUAAAACGGAUGAUUAGUAUUAUAUACAAUACAAUAUUUUACUAAUUAUAGAAACAAUCCAAGUUAAAUUGAGUCUUAUAUUAUAAUUAUUGUAUCUUUUUUUAAGAUUAAUUGUUCAAUUCGAGUAGUAUAGCUCACUUUUAUAAAGACUUUAUCUGUUUUCCACCAAAGUUCCGUUUCCACCUGUGUAGUGAUGUUUUUUUUUUCAUCUUUGGACGAUGGACGUCUGGAACUGUUCCUAUUUCGACAAUCUGUUGUCUGAUCUCACUUGUCAUUUUUGUCAAACGUUAAAUGAUUGAUUUGUGUAGUUUCUGUUUCGGUUCUGACUGACGUGUCGUGACGACAAUAUUAUUGUUUCAAUUAUUCACUUGUUUUUUGCUUCCAAUAACAUAAUCGGUCGCUAGUGUGUAGUCGGUUUUAUAUAUUAUUUUGUACUCAGUAUUCUUUGUUUGCCGACAAUGGGCAAAUAAGAAAUUAUGAUAACAUAUAAGGUCUUGGCUUAAUCUUUCUCGAUAAACAUCGGGACACGAUUGCAUUAAAUUUAUCGUGAUUACGACAGAUGUCGCAGCUGCCAUUUAAGACUUAUAGCUUUGAGUCGUGAUGUUGUUCUCUUAUUUUAAUUUGUUGCUGGACGAUUGUUUCAUCGCUAUGGCAGUUUGUCGUCACAUACUAAAAAAGUCAUAACUGACAGUUGUAAAACGUCCCAUGCCGUAUCUGAACAAUUCCUUUUAAAUAUACAAGCCACGACGUACGACACAGUGGGAACUCGCCCUUAGUUGAACAGUACUUACUACCUUUAAAUAAGUAUUUAUCGCCGAUGCAGUAUUUUCAAUAACUGUUUACUCAGAUUAACAAUCGCUAAAAUGUUUGAUUAUUAUCAAAAACUUUAAAAAAUAUUUUACAAAUUUCUUUUUAUUGUUUUCAAAAGUGAUAUUAUCUUUUAAUAAAAAGAUCAAAGAGGCAUGUUAAAGAUAACAGUGUAAGCACUUAUCAAAUUAUAAUUAAUAUCAUUGAAUAAUAAUUGACAGAUAUGUCAUUUAUUAAUAAUAUAAUUUUUGAAACGGGUUUUUUAAAAAUAUAGUCAAUGAAACUUAAUUUAACGUAAACAAGAAACACUGGCGCAUUUAUAAAAUGAAUUUUAUAUUGAAUUCAAAUGCUAUCUAACUAACUCACUAAACUCUUUAAUGAAAAAUUUUUUUUACUUUUUUUUUGUAGAUACGCUUUUAUGCAUCCUUUUUAGAUGUUUUUGAGAAAUAAUUAUGUUAUUUAAUGAAUGGCAUGUGUGUUAUAUCUAAGGAUAUAUUAGUUGAGAAUCGAUAUAAGGUGUUCGAUAUUAUCUUUUUAUAUAAGUUUAAUAAAUAAUAAUUAAUGGUGGUAGAGCUUUGUGCUAGCUCGUCUGGGUAGGUACCACCCACUCAUCAGAUAUUCUACCGCAAAACAGCAGUACUUGGUAUUGUUGUGUUCCGGUUGGUGGCUCAUUGGUGAUGUAAGCGAUGGUUAACGUUUCUUACAAUGCCAAUGUCUAUGGGCGUUGGUGACCACUUACCAUCAGGGGGCCCAUAUGCUCGUCCGCCUUCCUAUUCUAUAAAAAAAAAAUUCAUACGAUUGAGUUAUAACUUUAUACAGUUGUUAUUGGCCCUCGCGUGAAGGUCUUAGGCAUAGUACUAUAAGGAUGGGUCGUAUUGAAUAGCUUUGUGCAAAAAAAUAAAUGAGGCAAUGCAACGCAUGUCGGCCUUUAUCCAGUUUUAUAUUCAAUCAAAAAACUACACUAACGAUUUUUUUUCUUGAAUAAUUUUAUUUGUUUUUUUUUUUAAUAUUAAAUAAUUAAAAAUAUAUAUAUUAGAAAAAUACCUAUAUCAUAUUUUAAAAUUUUUUAAUCGCUUGGCAAAGUUACAUUUAUUUAUUAUAAGUAGUAAAUAGAUGAACUUAAAACUUAUCUUAUCAUAAGGAAAUUACUGGCAGAGCUAUGUGCUUUUGUAUAAAUUAAAUUUUAACUAUUGUUUAAGUGUUUGAGUGAUCUCGUAGAAGGAAUAGAACGCAUUAUACGAAUGGUGUAUAUGUAAAACAUAUAUUUAUUUAUAAGACUUUAUAUAUAAUAGGUAAAUAACAUUUGUGUGAAUAUAUCGUCCCCGUAAAGCGAAAAGUCACCAAUCCCCGAAAUGGCUACUUUUAAAUACUCGCCAAUUUUAUUUCUACCACAGUUUUCUAAUGUUCAAUAAGCUUUUAAACCGAAGUUAAAAUAAUUCAGACAAUUUUUCAUUACUUCAAUAUCAUACAAAAUCAAAGUACAUACUUAAUUAUAUUUUAUCUAAAUAAAGAUAAUUUCGAUCAAAACGGCUGUAUAAUGGUAGAAAAUUCAUUAACGAACUUGGAAGGUAAAAAUCGUUUCAUUUAUUAAAUUUAGUUUUAUAUUAUAUUUUAUUUUAGUAUAAUUAUUAUAUAAAACUAUUACGUAUUUACUUUUUGAUGAAACCGUACAUUUGGAAACUAAACACUUUUAUCUCAUUUUCUUUUUCUACUGAACGACUUUUCGCUAAACUUGGACGUUAUAUAAAAUGUAUGGGAAAACAAUUGAUAAUAAUUGAGCUCAAGCGUAACACUUGCUCAGUUGUUUUAUACAAACAGCUUCAAAGUUAAUAACAUUUUUUCACACUUGUAUUUGUAUAAGUAUUUUUAUAAACGACUGUACAUCGUUUUUUUAGAAAGUAAAUUGUUCAAUGGCUUGCCACUACUAA